AGACUGGGUUCGAUAGCGAAAGUCGCCAUUUUCUUCGAGGAGCAACAAGACCAAAAUGGCCGAGACUUCGAUGGUGUCAUUCGGGGAGCUCUUCUUCAAUGUUGACUCUGGUUAUCUAGAGGGCUUGGUGAGGGGGUUUAAGUCUGGCGUUCUCACGCAGAGCGAUUAUUUGAAUUUGGUACAAUGUGAAACUCUCGAAGAUUUGAAGCUCCAUCUUCAGAGCACAGAUUACGGUAACUUCCUUGCUAACGAAGCAGGACCUCUGUCUGUCUCUGUGAUUGACGACAGACUGAGAGAGAAGCUUGUGGAAGAGUUCAGACACUUGAGAAAUCAGGCGCUUGAACCACUGGCAACUUUCAUGGAUUUCAUUACGUAUAGUUAUAUGAUUGACAACAUCAUUUUACUCAUCACCGGCACCCUGCAUCAGCGCCCGAUCCAGGAACUGAUCCCAAAGUGUCACCCUCUUGGUAGCUUUGAGGAGAUGGCUUCCAUUAACAUAGCAUCGACACCCGCUGACCUCUAUAAUGCUGUCAUGAUAGACACUCCACUGGCUCCCUUUUUUGUGGAGUGCAUCUCAGAGCAAGAUUUGGACGAGAUGAACAUUGAGAUUAUCAGGAACACUCUGUACAAGGCCUACCUGGAGGGAUUCUAUAAAUUCUGCUCUGAGCUAGGGGGAGCAACAGCUGAUGUGAUGUGCCCAAUACUUCAGUUUGAAGCUGAUAGGAGGGCCUUUAUCAUCACCAUCAACUCAUUCGGCACAGAACUUAGCAAAGAUGAUCGGCAGAAGCUGUUUCCACAGUGUGGCAAGCUGUACCCAGAUGGCCUGUCAAGACUUUCCAAAGCAGAUGACUACGACCAGGUCCGAGCAAUUGCAGAUUAUUACUCGGAUUACAAAGUUCUGUUUGAAGGGUCUGGUACAGGUCCAGGGGAGAAAACCCUAGAGGACAAAUUCUUUGAGCAUGAGGUCAAGCUCAACAUGCUAGCAUUUCUUCAGCAGUUUCAUUUUGGUGUUUUCUAUGCAUACGUCAAGCUAAAGGAGCAGGAAUGUCGAAAUAUUGUCUGGAUUGCAGAGUGCAUCGCUCAGAAGAACAAAUCAAAAAUAGACAAUUAUAUCCCAAUAUUUUAAAUGAUCAUAAAAUAGAAUUUGAUUGAAUUAUCUCCCACACAAGUGUAUACAGAUCAUAUGACCAUUCAUAUGAUUAACUGAGAUCAUAAUAGGAUUAUUUCAGUCUAAUAAUUUCUCUCGCCAAGGAAAUGUUACAAAAUCCUUGGCACUAGAAAAGUUAAAACACACUCUUUGCGGCAUAAAGAAUUCACAUACAGUUCAAGUAUGUCUUGUCAAACGUUCGUGUUUAUUGGGCUACUUAUGAUUAUGAAUUAUGUCUGACAAAACUCUUGGCACAGUAGAGCUCAAAGACAUUGGACCCUUACAGCAGGAGCAUAGAACUGACAUACACCUAUUUCAAAUAACGUUGUCAGUAGCAAACGGCAAAUGACGAUUGUCAAAUGGUAGUUCUUCUAUCAAAAAAUGCCAUGGAACUUGUCUAUUUUCUACUGACUGUAGAAACACGCGGAUAAUUUCUGCGAUUAUAUUACUUAUCAUCAUUAUUCUUACAAAAAAUUAUACCCAUAAGCAGUUAUUGGUCUUAGAACUGCCAUUUGCCAAUUGUCAUUCGCCAUUUGCACUGACAACGUUUAUUGAAAUAGGUGUAUGUUCAAUGGUCAGUAAGGCUCAGCAGAAGGGCUGUCAUUUGCCCUUGUGUCAAUAUUUGUAAUGCUGUUUUUUUAAACCUCUGGAACGAAAAAGUGAUCUUUGUAAUUAUGGGACACUACUGUGUUAUAUUUGAGGAAUGCAAAUCCAGAACCCAGUGUAAAUUUUUUGUUUCAAAGAAUUUCGUCAAAAAGAAAAGAUAUGGCUUCACAUCAACUAGUGUAAACUUGACUAUGUAACAAAUCAUUUGAUUAUUGUAUACAAAUUACUAAGCAUCAUUCUCACUAGAUGUAGGGUCAAUACACAUUAAGGGAAACAGGAAUGUUCCGGUUGAUCUGCCAAACACUAUUAAUCAUUCCAUUUGGGUAGAGGUACCAAUGGUUGUUUGAAAAUUUGUUCACAGCUCUUUGUGACUAAAUUAUAUUUAGAGUAACUCCCCAUUCUUUUUGUCUACCAUGUAUUGUAAUCAUCCUCGGGGACCCAGGGCGUACUGAGCGAAAACGAGCGCGGAGCGUAACGAGCGCGAGCCGGAAGCGGACGAGCGCGCCGCGCGGGAGGUAGGAGAAAAGGAAAGAAGAAAAAAACGUCUUUUCCCCUCUCUUCUUUCUCCCUCUUUCCCCCCCCGCGGCGCUCGUCUGGCGUUACGCUUGUCUACUCUCAGUACGCCCUGGGUCCCCGAGGAUGUGUUGUGAUAAGUCUUGUAUGUUAUAAUCAGGGAAAGUCUAGAACAAAGAGAAGACAAAUUCAUGAUAUCCAUUACCUAUCUAGCCUCUUAAUGUAAGCUGAAACAGGUUUAUAAGGGGUUAAAAGUUUUAUGGUCAAAAUACACAAUUAUUUGUGAAAAAGCAAAUAAAACAAUUGCAGGCAAGCCGAAAA